AUGCUUCCAAACACCUCCACGGCCGUCUCCCGUCUCCGUGGCUAUCUCAGAAAGGGACUAGCUCAUAAAUCAACUGAGAAAGACAAUCAGGAUUAUGAGGUUGAUGAUGGCGAACGUAUUAUGGAAUUAGAAAUACCAAAAAAUUGCAGAAAAGUAUUUGAAGAUCAGUUAACAAGUUUUAAAAAAAAAUGGGUGGCCGACGAGGAGUUGCUAGAGUUGAGUGCAUGU